AUGGUGCUGUGCAUCGAAGAGGCACACAAGAUGAACUGGAUCCACCGCGAUAUCAAGCCAGAUAACUUCCUCAUCACCUCUUCUGGCCAUCUCAAAAUUUCCGACUUCGGUCUUGCGUUUGAUGGCCACUGGACGCACAACCAGACUUACUACAAUGAGCACCGCUACGGCCUCCUUCAAGAUCUUGACUUGGAAGUACAAGGAGACGAGCAGGACGUUGAGGAAGAGAAGGAGCGGCACGCCGCGCGCAGCACUACCGAUGCCAUCAACGGAAACAUCACCGCUCGUCAACAACAUGGGAUGAAGCAAGAUGUAACAAAUGGACCCAUCCUCGACUGGCUGAACCGAACACAAAGGCGACAAUUUGCCAAGAGUGUCGUCGGAACAAGCCAGUACAUGGCACCAGAGGUGAUUAGAGGCGAGAACUACGAUGGCCGAUGUGACUGGUGGAGCGUCGGUAUCAUCUUAUACGAGUGCCUCUAUGGCUGCACACCUUUCUUUCAGGAAAAUCGCCAGUUAACGAAAGCGCGUAUUAUCGCCCAUAAACGUUACCUGAAGUUCCCCAACGAACAACGCUUUGCACGACCGACCAUCGACCGUGUUCCCUUGAUGCCCGUAUCUCGGAACGCCAUCGAGCUGAUUAUGAGGUUGCUUGACGAAAGGCAAGAUCGACUUUCAACCAAGCGCUACCGUGAGAAUGAUUGGGUGCUUCGCGACAAAGCCGUCGGAGCCAGACGCUAUCGUAACCUUAAUGCCACUGGACAUAUUGUUUUUACGAAUGAUGCCGAAGAUAUCAAGGCGCACCCGUUCUUUCGGAACAUACAGUGGUCGACGCUGCACUUGACGCGACCGCCAUUUGUGCCAAGAGUACGCGGCGGACAGCCGAUCACCAAGUAUUUCGACGACGAAGCUGAGAUCAUGAGCGCAUCGGAUCACCUCGACAGCUCAAGCUAUGAAUCCGUUCAAAUAGACGGCGCCACACUGGUUGACGGUGUCGAACCACUUGGUGAAGGAGAGCCAACGCCAACGGCUUAUUCAGCCGCCCAACAGGAGAGCCGCUCCCUACUCGCGUACGAACAAAUCUGCCAAGGCUUUCAAAAACUCAGACGUCGCAAGAAGGAGAAGAAAAGGCCGCGUGACAAGCUGCUGCGCGAUCCUGAGAUGGGCAGGGUCGUGCUUGAGAUCCGCAAGAAAGGUGCUUUCAUCGGCUACACGUACCGCAGGCCACGAUUUUCGCUGCCCGAGUUGGACACUGGCUUGUCUUCUGAUGUACCGUACUUUGCGAGGACCGGUGUGGUUGCUGUGAGUGUUUGA